UAAGGACCUGAACACAGAGGGUUUUAGCCUGGAGUGCUGCAGGAGCAUGAUUGCACUCGUGGACAUGGACGGGACGGGCAGACUCAGCCUGCAAGAGUUCAGACUUCUCUGGAACAAGAUCAAGCAGUGGCAGGGGAUCUUUAGACACUACAGCUCGGACCAGGCUGGUAUCAUCAACAGCUACGAGAUGAGAAAUGCCAUCAACGAUGCAGGCUUCCGCCUCAACAACCAGCUGUAUGACAUCAUCACCAUGCGUUACGCCAAUGAGGGUAUGAACAUCGACUUUGACAGCUUCAUCAGCUGCCUGGUCCGGCUCGAAGCCAUGUUCAGGGCAUUCCAGGCUUUUGAUCAGGAUGGUACAAUCAGACUUAGUGUCUUGGAGUGGCUCCAGCUGACCAUGUAUGCCUAGAUUGCCAGACAGGUGUUCUCAGCCAGAUGUCCUCCCAGGUCUCAGGCUUCUCUAAUUUCCUCUCCUGACCAUGUCCCAGUACUGCUGAAACAUCAGUCUCUUCUGAGUCGGCCAUGUUUUUUUUUUUUUUUAAACACACCCCACUCCUUACCAGAUGUACCGUUCUCUCUCUCUCAGGCAUCAAACACACACAACCUCUCUUUUUCUGUCUCCAUAUCUCUCCAUAACCCAUCGAAUCUCUUUAAAUAUUCCGUUUUAUUUACACCACCCUCGACGUCUCCCCUAUACCACCUACCACCCUCGACAUCUCCCCUAUGCCACCCUUGACGUCUCACCUAUGCCACCCUCGACGUCUCCCCUAUACCACCUACCAUCCCAUAACAUUUGAUAACCCACCCUGACACGAUGCACUGUCAAGCCCCUUCUCCAGUGAAGACCACGGCUCUCUCAUUGGCCAAUGGAUGAGAUGUUGGAGAAGGACCCAGUGCUCCCUUCCUUCAGUCUUGGACAUCCUGCCUCAGCACCGGAUUGGUUGGUCCGUGGGAACCGGAACGAACCCCCUAUCAGCUCUGAAACACUGGUGUCAAGAGUUAAUGGCUAUAGAAUCUGCUCGUCUGCCAGUCCUACCAAUGGAUGGAUGAGACAGAGAAUGAGACCCACCCUUCCCCCUCCGCUGUACGGCCAGGACCAGGCAGGAGCCUCCCUAGCCUGUUGUAGAGCUCCCUACAGAGUGGGUUCAACAUGUGGAGUUGGGAAUAUGACUAUGGGUUGGACUUGUUGUGGUUUCCUAUUAAAAGUUUUGGUCAAAUGAGUGUAAUGCAUUUUUAAACAUUUUUAACCCAAUAAAUAAUUGUGUAG